CCCACUAUUGUAUGGUAGAUAAUGACAGACGUCCUGCCACAUGGUUGUAGAUAAUGACAGGAACUAAACAGGAAGUUUACUAAAAUGAUAGCAGGCUUCCUGUUUACUUCCUGUCACAUGGUAGAUGACAGCAGACUCUGUGUCACAUGGUAGAUGACAGCAGGUAGGUAAGUGAACUGGUGUGUGUGCAGGCGUACCACGGCCACGCUCAGGCGCUGGAGGUGCUGCUGCAGGGUGAGAGGGAGGUGGACCGCGUGGACGAGGUGGGCCGGACUCCUCUGGCCAUGGCGGCUCAGCGAGGUCACACGGACUGCGUUCACAUCCUCCUCAGCCAGGGGGCGUCGCCGCGCACCUGCGACACGCGGCACGGGGGCACGCCAGUACACCUAGCAGUGAUGAACGGACACACGCCGUGCGUGCGCCUCCUGCUGGACGAUUCGGACAGCGCGGACAUGACGGACGCCGCCGACUCUCAGGGACAGACCCCUCUGAUGCUGGGCGUGGCGGGCGGGCACGUGGACGUGGUGGCGCUGCUGCUGGAGCGCGAAGUUGAUGUCAACAUGGCCGACACGCACGGCAUGACGGCGCUGCACCUCGGGCUGCUGUGCGGCCAGGAGGAGUGCGUCCAGUGUCUUCUGGAGCAGGAGGCCUCUGUGUUGCUGGGCGACGCGCGAGGUCGCACCGCCAUCCACCUGGCGGCGGCGCGCGGCCACGCCUCCUGGCUGAGCGAGCUGCUGAGCAUCGCCUGCCCCGAGCCCGACUCGCUGCCCCCCCUCAAAGACCACCACGGAUACACGCCGCUGCACUGGGCCUGCUACCACGGUCACGAGGGCUGCGUGGAGGUUCUCCUGGAGCAGAAAGGUUGUCGCUGCAUUGACGGCAACCCGUUCACGCCGCUGCACUGUGCCGUUGUGAACGACCACGAGGCGUGUGCGUCACUGCUGCUGGACGCCAUGGGCUCAGACAUCGUCGGCUGCAAGGACGCUAAAGACCGCACUCCCCUCCACGCGGCGGCCUUCUCGGGUCACGUGGAUUGCGUCCAGCUGCUCCUUUCCCACGAUGCACCCGUGGACGCCGUGGACCAAUCGGGUCGCAGCGCCCUGAUGACGGCGGCCGAGAAAGGUCGCGUCGGGGUCCUCGAGGUACUGCUCAACGGCGCCACCAGCAGCCUCCAUCAGGCGGACAAAGACGGCAACACCGCCUUGCAUCUCGCUUGUAAGAAUGGCAAAGAAGAUUGCGUCCUGCUGAUCUUGGACAAAUUGUCCGACUCGGCGCCAAUCAACGCCACAAACGCCGCGCUGCAAACCCCCCUCCACCUGGCGGCUCGUAGCGGACUCAAACAGGCGGUCCAGGAGCUGCUGUCCCGUGGAGCCAACAUCCAGACUGUGGACGAGAACGGUUUGACCCCCGCUCUGGCUUGCGCUCCCAGCCGCCAGGUGGCCGACUGUCUGGCUCUCAUUCUGGCUACCAUGAUGCCUUUGUGCUCCCCUUGCAGCUCCGGGGCCCCCUCCCCGGGCUCCCUGCUGAGGCAGCUGCCCCCCAAGGCGCCCAGAGUCCCCCAAGGCAGCGCCGGAACCCGCGGGCCGCGCAGCCCCCGCAACCCGUCGGGACCCUCCAGCGAGGGGACCACGGAGAACGACUCCGAGGACUCGGAGACGUUCUGACCUUCCCAGGUGACGUCUUUUGGGACCGAAGGAGAAAGAACUGCAUGUUUGUUCUCACGGGUGCUCCCAUCCAAACUGACCUCCUUGCUCCGUCUUACCAGAAAGACUUUUUUAAACUUUUGUACAAACCAAACUAGUUUUUCUUAUUAGGCUGCUUAGUUGUCCUGAACAGCAGCUUUCAACACAAUAAUAAUAUGGAUGGAACACCUUUAGUCAGUCGUAACAAUCACUUGAGGCACAACGCUGACUACGCGCCGCCAUUUUCCCGCGCGCCCACUUGGCCAACCAGGGUAGCCGACGUUAGCGUCUGAACACAUUUGAGGUCUUCCUCUCGUCGUUAUUUCUCUUUUCUUGUUACACAACGGUACAAAAACUGCCAGCACUUAAAAUGUCAACAACACAGAGCCUUGCCGUCUUCUAGCUCCGCCCCCUCGUCCCCCAUGUGACUACCUACCAGCGAUGUGCCAUCAAACGUCUGCAGUGCCUUGACGGGUUUUGGGUUUUUUAUACACUCUUCCUAGUAGAUACAGUAGAUCCGCACGCAGCCUGCAGAUAGCGCCACCAAACCACUUUCUAUUGACGUUACUAGAAACUAAUUCAAGCAGUGAAAAUAAAGGAUCUACUGUACUUAUUAGUUAGCAUAAAUCACAAGCAGCACAUUGUAUUGUUAUUUUACACCAACUGUCACGUUUACUACCGAGUUUAAGGGCCACACCCACAAAAUCAACAUUAACUACAGAGUUUUAGGGCCACACCCACAAAAUCAACAUCAACUACCGAGUUUUAGGGCCACACCCACAAAAUCAACAUCAACUACCGAGUUUUAGGGCCACACCCACAAAAUUAAAGGUUAUUCCGCCAAGAAUAUGGGUUAUUCCAAGAUUUUCUUUUACUUUAUUAAUGUUGCAAACCACGGAAAAAGCCAAAAUAUUACUGGAAAAGUCAGUUUUACAGUAAAGUUGUCAAAAAUGUACCUUUUAAAAUGACGACAAAACGUUACAAAAAAAAUGUCAACAUUUUGAGGAUAAAGACCACAUUUUAUGAUAAAGUUGCAAUAUUCUGGUCAAAAAAAGGUCAUUUUAAUAAUAAUAAUAAUAAUACCUGGGAUUUAUAUAGCGCUUUUCUAAGUACCCAAAGUCGCUUUACAUGUUUUUCUGGAUUUUGUAAGAUUUUUUUUUUUUUUUUUACAGGAGUGAAAAUGUAAUAAAAUGUUUUUUGAAAAAAGUUACAAUUUUGAGAGGCGAAAACAUUUUUUACACGUUUCUAAUAACUUUCUAGGACUGUCGGGAAAAUAAUUUUAAAGAAAACGGUAAUAUUACAAUAAAAAGUUGUAAUUUUAAAGGAAAUAAUUUGUAACAUUACAACAAAAAGUUUUAAUUUUACAGGAAAUAACUAGUAUUAUUACAAGUUGUCAUUUUACAGUUAACAUGUAAUAUUAUAAUAAAAAGUUGCAAUUAGACAACAAAUAACUAAUAAUAUUACAAUAAAAAGUUGUCAUUUUAUAGGAAAUAACUAGUAAUAUUACAAUAACAAGUUGUCAUUUUACAAUUAACAUGUAAUAUUACAGCAAAAAUGUGUAAUUUGACAAGAAAAUAUAGUAUUACAAUAAAAAUGUUUUUUACAGGAAAAAACUAGUAAUAUUUCAAUAACAAGUUGUCAUUUUAUAGUUAACAUGAAAUAUUCCAAUAUAAAAUUGUCAUUUUACAGUAAAUAGCUUGUAUUGUUAAUAUAAAAUUUUAUUUUUCUGCAUAAGUUGACAAUUGUACAAGGAAAACCACAUUUUUAUAGAAAUGAAAUAGUAAUAUUGAAAGUCAUAACUUUCCGUUGAAAUGAUGAGAACAUUGUUACAUUUUUUACAAUAACGUAAAAGGAAAAGUUGUAAUUUUACAGGAAUUACAUUUGCAUUAUGAUUACAUUUUUUGAGAAUGAUUUUGUAAUUUUACAGCAAUAAAGUUGCAAUAUUAAGAGUGAUAAGAAACAUUAUUUUGUGGUGCGGCCCUAAUACUCUCAAAUAGACAUCAGUCACAUAUUAAGACGAUCUACGGUAAACAGGAUUUGUGUGUUUGUACAUUUUUGUAUUGUCACUCCACUGGAGCUGGAAAGCAAACAUUCCCAUGUUGUUGAAUUAAAAACCAAACGGCUACGAGACUAAAGCAAAUCUUUUUUCUGUCAUUUGAGGUGAGAGAGAAAUCACUGAACUUUGUGUAUUACUGACCCUGACCACUAGAGGGCGCCAGCUGUGAGUUAACUGAAACGCUCAUCGUUCCAAAGCUAAUAUUAUUUUAUUGGUGAUGAUUUUCAUUAGGCAAUAUUUUACUUAGAAUUCAGACUUUCAGCAAGAACGUUCAUGUUUGUUGGUGCGCCUACAUGUCGUCUUUGGUACUGCAUUGUUAUGCAAUAUUGUAUAUUUUCGUCAAAUGAACUGAGGAGACGUAUUAUUACGUUUUUAAAACCACCAACAGUUCCUGAUGCAGUUUUUGUUUUGCUAAAUAUUACACAAUUAAAAAAGUAAAUGUGUUGCAGUUUGGCCUUUUUGUUUCCCUUUACUGAAUAGCAAACAGUCUCUCAAUUGGUUUGCUUUUUUA